AUGGCUUGGUUUUUCGUUUUUCUUAUUUGUACGGCAGUAUUCGUGGAGGGAAGACCACGACACCAUAAGCACAAGAAAGGUUUGUAGAACGGCGUUGAAAUUUUCUAUUCUAGAGGUUUCCAUGGGCUGUUUACUUGGACAAUUUUUUUUUUCAUAAUAACCAUAUCAGCCCGUCCAACGGUUUAACUCAUUUGGCGACUGGUUUUUUUUUCUUUCUUUCUGUUUGUGACGGAUUUUUAAGCCACGACAUUCCGUCUCCGGGUUGUCACUUCCUAAAUAAAAACGAAUCGCAUUUCUAAUUACCUAAGAGGUCGCAAAUAGGAAUAACCUGAAAUACUGAGCCGUAAAGUGUCGUCGACAUUUAAGGCAAAGCGCAAAUCAUUCAAUAUUGUUCAUGCUUUAACACAUUCUGAAGCUGAAUACGAUUGUCAACAAACCGUUCCGAUAAACUAGAGUGCAUUUAAGUGCAGAAACUAAAGCCAUUGUUCUUCUAAUUAAAUCGUUUGUUUAGUGACGUUACCAUUGUCGAAGCUUUUGUUUUUAAUGUGUCGAUUAAAGUUAAUUGUGGUUUGGAUGUCGAUGUUUUCAUUAUCACUAAAUGAAGGGGACACAAAGAUUCGCGGCAGCGACUAGGUUAUUUAACAUCGAAGGUUGAGAUAAUGGCGCUCGCGCACAUUAAUCUUUUUUAUCUAUCUUUAUGUGUUACAAGUCAAAAUUUCUUUUCCGCGCACAGAAAUCGUAAAAGAUUAUGGAGCUCAACAGGCCGUUAACAUCUACAAAAGAGAUUUAACAGCGUACAAAAAGGAAGUAGAUUGGACUUUUGUCAAUCACAGGCACUUUUAACAAGCUCUUAACCUUUCGUAGGUGUUUCUUAAGCAAAUAACAAAGGUUCUCUGGAAGGUGGCGGCACUCUGAGAAGAAAAAUGUCCGGCCAGAAUAAAAAGAGAGCAAAAAAACUGAAUGAUACCAUUAUUUCCAAGUUAAAUCACAUUUUGUGUGAAAAUACAAAAUAGAAACGAAAAUAGAGUUAAUCGUCUACUGAUCCAUUUCGCUAAGGAGUAACACCUGUCUGUUCGCUAAUAAAAUUUUAACAACAUAAAAGUGUCUGCCCUCCUUCACUGUCACCUCUCUAUAUUUUAAAAAUUUGAGAAAUUGUCGCCCAAGUUUGAGACAUAGACACAUGCAAAAGUGAUCUCAAAUGCGGUGGUGUUUCCGGUCAAUGCACAAACACUGUCCAGACAAUCGUCAUGAAUGGAGACAACUAGAGCAUAAAACACGCAUUUAGACACUUACACGUACUAAGAAAAGGGUUUGGAGAAUAUGAAAGAAGAAGUGUUAAAUUAAAAGGACAGACAAAAUGAUUUCUCUCGAACAUAGACCACUUUGAGAUUCUUUCGGGUUUCUAAACGGUUUAUGACUAAAAUCGCAAUAAAAUUUGUCAGGCUGGCAGCGCAUGUCACCGUCCGAGCUUAUUGUCGGAACCUCCAGUGUCUUCUGUGACUAAAGACGUAAAUAGCUUCAGCACACGUAAUAAAGCACUCCCUGAACAAAAUGAGGCAAAUACAUUUUGGGGUCACGAUCAAUUGAGAGUACACUUCCUAGAAUUGACUCCUUGAGCUUAAAAAACGUUGCCCCUAGCGUUUUUCAGUCAUUUGCUUUGACUCCUUGAAAGGAAGACACCAGUCUAUGAGUUGGCACCUCGAGUUGACGCCUGUCGUUUAUUCAGUCAUUUUCCUUGACUCCCGGUGACAUAAAACAUGGGAAUUGCCUUCCUUUCAGUUUACAAACCUGUUUCAUACUAAAAUCGUGAAAUUUGACGAAUUUAUGUCAAAAAAAGCACUUUGAUGCUAACUGGUUGAUUUGAAGUUUCCUUCUUUAAGGGGCGCAACCUGUGAUAAUGUCCAUUUGAAGCCCCGUCCGCACGUAUCCGGAUACUCUUGAAUCCGCAACUUUUUCUUUCCGGAUACGGCUUCCGUCUACACGUAUCCGGUGAUUCCGGCAUACGAAUCUGCACCGUUUUGAAUCCGCUCUCCAGGGAGGAAAUUUUUGAAUACGCCAUGAAUCCGAAAUCGUGUGGACGCUAAAUCCGGAUAUUUUGUUAUCCGGUGACGUAACAAGAUCGAGCUUAGUUCUUUACCGUGAAUACUGUAAUUAAGAUGUCAACUUCGUUCCCAGGUUCUCUCGAGGCAGAGCAAGGUGCAAAUUCCGCGCGCACUAAGACGCAUGCUCUGUUGCCAAUAUUCCCAGAGGAGUCCUGGGUAGUAGAGUGAAUCGGGAUACGUGUCGGAUACGUGUGGAAGGGCAAAUCCGAUAUUAAUACAGAUACGUCUGGACAUGGAAAUUUUUGAAUCUGGCAAGAAAAAGUUGCGGAUUCAAACAUAUUCGGAUACGUGUGAACGGGUCCUGAGAGACAUUUCACUAACUAUCCUAGAAAUCCAGGCGACAUACUUAAAACCUUGCAUUACAGUUAUAUGCUUACAUGCAUGUAGGUUCGUUUAUUGAUCUAGUGCCUUGAGACAAAUUAAAAUAAGGGGAGCUAAGGGGCACCAAACCUACCCCGGCUAAGGUCAAAGGAGCUGUGUUUGAAAUUUUAAAAAAUUCUAACAGUAGGAAUUGUCCCCAAACUGAGUGAAACAUUAUACACUUAAUGUCAGAUCCUCGAGUCCUGAUGUUUCCCUCGACUUCGUCUCGGGAAACAUCAGGACUCUUGGGAAAACAAAACUAACUGGUUUCCCGAGGGACCUGACAUUAAGUGUUUUGUUAUAUUUCUAGACUUUCACUUCAACAGCAACAAAAGAAUAACCGGAGCGAAUUUUUCUUCUUUUGGGAAAUUUUAAAAAAUUCUAAGGCUUCGUUUUUGUGUUGUUGUGUUCAUUCACGGAAAAACUGGCUGGAUUGUCCCCAAACUUUGAUCACGUGCUGCAAUGUGAAACAUUGAAAUUGAUAAUCGCUCAUAACAUUCAAAAGAAGGUUGAGUGAAAGUCUAGGAAUAUAACAAGAAAUUGAUAAUCGCUCAUAACAUUAAAAGAAGGUAUUAAUAAUAACACGGCAAAUACAAAAGAAGGCACGGAUGGACAAACUUGAAGAAGAUUAAAACGGACUGAACUUGUGGGUUUUUGAAAUCUUGUUAGCGUAACAUUUUUUCAAAGCUCAAUUUUGUUGUUUGUAACAUUUGAUAUAAUGCUCGAAAUGUGAUUUUGACAUUAUGUCAAGAUCCACAGCGGAUAAGGAAGCGUAAUUAGCAAAAUAAUCAAUAUCAACAUGACAGCCGUGAGACAACGCCUUUAAUACAUGACUUACUUAUGAAAUGUCUGUCACACAGCUCACGAGGCAACUCAUCUCAAUGACGAUACACCACCACAGGCAUACCACCAGCCCAUGGAUGACCCAGCCAAAGGACCCCCACAAAAUAUCAACGUGUACAAUAUGGGUAUACGCAAGAUGGCAAAAGACAACAAAGUAACAGCGCAGAUGGACGCACACAAUGUGGCGCUUACCAUGCAAGGACCUGGGAUUAUAUCGGUGGGAGCCACUCAACAGCAAGUUGCACAGGGUGACCCAAAACCCGACCACACCAUCAGUGUGGUCAAAGACACCCCUUCGGAUAAGAGUUACCACGUGAUAAACGUCCAUUCAGGUAAAUAAAGAUAGGGUAGGGGCUAUGGUGAUGUUUGAUGUACAUGCAAACUCGUUUAUUCAUGUUUAGUGAGCUAUUUAAAGCAAGCAAAAGUCUGUUUGAAUUAAACAUACCGGAUCAGUUCACUUAAAGAGUUUAAAUCAGCAUUAAUAAUACAGGGCCUGGUUCCUCAAUAGAUGGUUAAGUUUAACCCAGGAUUAAGCCAAAUUUCAAGCACGGUUUUCUUGUCUAAGAAAAUGCAACUGGAGGUUGCAAAAUACUGGUGAGUCUUUAAUACGAGAUACAGUAAUGAUAACACAAAGUGUUACCCUAAGCAAUCAAUGCAUAGGAAUGUAAAAUACAAAAAAGGAACAAAAUUUCAAUCCUGGAUUAAUGCUAAUCAGCCUUUCAGGAACUGGGCCCCGUAUAUCCUUUAUUCAUUUGGUUGUGACAAAUAAAGGCACAUGGGUGGGGCUUAAAAGAGGGGGUGCUUACUAACUUUCUCUCCCUGAAACGGGUGGGGUUAUUAAACAGCAUUUAGAGGACUUAUGGCAAUCAGGUUAUUUGUCACAAGACACUAUUUUAUGUAAAAGAAUCAGAAUAGGAGUGAGCGGUUGAAACCCACACAAAUUUAACCUUUUUAAAAUCAGUUCAAUGAAUGGUAUCGAGGACUUCUACUGGUUAUACAGUGAUUUAACACAGUGCAGGGUGCAGUCUGUCCUUUAUGGGUUGCACAGGGAAGGCACUGCCCCAGGUUGAGUGCCUCCCCCCCCACCCAGCCCCCAAGGAGACCACGAACCAACAAAAAUUAGGGUAAAUUUUUGUAGCAUACAGACUGCAAAAUAUCAAAUAUAUUUAAAGAAUUACAGUAAAAACCCGCGACUAAGAACCUGGUUUUUAAGAACCUGUUAGGCUUAAAAUUGGCACUUAGGCCCCCUCUAGACAAGAACCUGUUCAGCCUAAAAAUUUAAAACGGGUUCUUAUUUUCAAAAUUUUUUGUACCCUUGGACAAAUAGGAUAAGUCAACAUUCAGGAUCCCCUUUGGAGACAUAAGUGCCUUAUCAUCCCUACUGGGAUGUAUUGGUAUGCAGAUUUUCUGCAAAGAAUAAGCUGAACACCACUAAAUACUCUUAGCUACAAUUUAUUUUUCCUUCAGAAAAUAAGAACCUAUUAAUUUUAAGAACCUAAAUAGCCUAAAUUUGUCCUAAUUACCAGUUAUGUAAGAACCUAUUUAGGCUAACUUGGGAAAAAGCAGGUUCUUAGUUGCGGGUAUUUUCUGUAUGAGGGAAUAGAUAAAACAGUGAAGGAUAGGCAAGGGGAUAAAGGUUAGACGUAAAGCAGUAAUGCUUGUAAUCUUAAUUUGGUUUUGGAAAUAAAGCUGCAGUUUUUUCCUGAAGGUCAUAAACUACCUAUAGUCCUCCCACUGUCAGAGCUACCUUCACCGCAAGCGGCACCAAAACAAGGGAAAUCUGAUCACCAGCAGCCUACCGUGGCUAUGAACAAGGAUCUAUCAAAGAUGUCUAGCAAACAAAAGCCGAAGAUUGCAUUGCAAGAAGGGCAGCAACCGCCCUUGGCGACAAAAGAUCAAAACCAGCAACAUGCUCCAGCAGUUCAUGUGCACAACAAAAUGAUCAAAGAAAAAGCAGACAAGGUGCCAACAAAUCUUGCAAGUAGUGUUCCUGUGGCAGAUCAUAAGCCCAAACGUGAGUGGAUGUUACUAUAAAAGUGAAUAAGGAAUGGGAAAAUGAAAAAUGAGAACAGGUCAGAGAAUGGUUAAUGAAGAUGCUGAUAGGGCUAAGUUCAAGUUAAGUUUGUUCCCAUUUUCCCUUUUUUCUGUCCCUUCCCUGUGCUUGUUCCCUUGUCCCCUUUUCAAUGUGAGUGAAUUUGACACAUUUUAAAAUAAGCUGUGAAUAAAGACAAACUAAAUAGAUGCUGCUACUUGCAAUAGUGCUGCAGUCGGUAAAUAAAGGCUAAUAGAUUUUAUUAAUAAUUAUGGAAACCCCUGAGUUAAUGGGUUUUAAAUGAUUAAACAUGAAAGGCUUCAAUCAAAUUUUCCAAAAUUAUCAACUUGUACUUCUGUCCACCUGUCCAUGAUCUAAUUCAGUUACUGACACCAACGACAUCAUCAUCAUUUAUCCACCCACUAACUCACUAUAAUUAUUAACUAUUUAUCAUUUUUAUCAUCAAUAUUAUCAUUUUAAGUCUGCAGUUUGCAGUUCAACCUCUCUCUACAUUUUGCCCCUGGUCCAAAGUCAGUCUUCUUUUAAAACUGACCAGUUUUGUUGUCUUCAAUAGACUAUUUUACAGUUACAGAACGUGAAAAUGAGGCAGGAGUUGACGUUGUUUUGAUACAAACCUUCCAGCUUUAUUAUUUUAAUUAUGUUGUUCUUAUGCUAACUAGUAUUUUUUAGCAUAAUUUUCAUAAGAAAAGGAAAGAGAUUUGUAUCAAAACAGGGUCAACCGCAGCCUCACAUUUACUCAGAGGCUAGGAGCUAAGCUCAUAACUGUAAAAUGGCUUAUUGCCAGCACCACUAGCUGAAAGCCUAGCAUCCGCACAGCACAAAGGAGAAAGCUUGACCCUCUCAGGGUCUUUACUAAAUUGCAAAAGGGUCACGGUGAUGCCUGCUAAUUGCUUUAAGAACUGGACGGGUAAUCACAGAUAUAUAUGUAUAUAUAAACUAGUUUAGUUUUACUUCAUUGCUUGUUUCACAGGCCCACUGAGAUGAAAACUUAUAAAGUUACUAAGCACUAGGGACAAUAGACCUUGUCACGGUUUUCGAUGCCAUCUUGACAAAUAGGCAAACACUUGAGAAAUUACAGUGUUUGUAUGAGAAUCUAAUGUCGAAUAAUUUCCGUAAAACGGCUGUUUUGAAAAAAAUACGAAUUUUAAACUAAUGCUUCACUCCUAAGGAUUCUACUGGAAAAAAAUGAGGGCGUUACAUGCGCUAGAAGACCUGAAACCACUUUUCAAAAUUUUCUAUACCUUUGUCUGUAAGAAAGUCCCGGGAAAAAUUACAGGCAAAUAUAUGGAAAAUCUAAAGCAAGUCUCUGGAGAAAUUUAAGCACAGGUACGCCCCCUAGAUUUUUUAGUACAAUCCUUUGUUUGGCAGCUUUAGUUUACAAGUCAUAUUCUUUUUAGAACAGCCGUUUUACGGAAAUUGUUCGAGAUUAGAUUCUCAUACAAACACUGUAAUUCUACUAAUCAAGAUGGCGUCGAAAACUGUGACAAGGUCUAUUUACUCUGUCCAUCAAAAUCUUGCGUCUUGGAUAGCGUGAGUUAAACAAUUGAACCCUCCAACUUUCAAAUCAUGCUUGUACAUCACGAAGUUUCCAUCCCCAGGUCAAAUGACGCGCCUCGAAAUUUAUAUAGGGCUGCUUCCCCAAUUAAAUGAUCGAUCACUGAAGGCUGACAGAUCAAUAAUAGUUUGUAACACCCAUGAGGCGUCUUGUGAUGCAAUCAAGCAACAUAUGUAAACAGACUCCAAGCUUCCAAAGUCGAAAAAAGCUUACAAGGUAUCAAAAUUCGCUACAACCAUUUUGAAAUGGACGCCAAAAAGAAUUACCUUAAUGGGCAUGUGCCCAAGGAAAGUCCGCUGACCAAGAGACCGCACCUUUCUAGUCUCCAUUCUCCCCGGUUUUCUAAAUACAUUGCGGCUCACUCUUUAGAGGAACUCACGAUUUAUACACAGAUUGAGAUCAAACCCGCAAAUAUCGACAACUGUUGGUAUUUUCCGCUAUUUUCUUGCAAUGGGCAACGCAACUUUCACAUGCGAGUGUAAACGUGUGCGUGAUGAUAAAAACUAUGUACAGUAAAAAGGAAGACGUGAUACAACUCACUUAGACUCUGAAGAUGACUACCGCACAGGUUGUCGAAACGUCAGUCACUGUCAACAACAACAGUCCUAUUCAGGACUACGUUCACCCGGAACUACUUUCUAAAUGACUCCUUGGUUCAAAUCUUUCACAUUAAUACCUUUAUACAUCUUUACGCAAAAUGGGCAGCUGGCGUUGAGUUUCCUGGGAAACUUUUCGCAGAUUUAAAAAACUUAACAUUUUGGUACUUACGUUUCCUGAUGUGUAUAAAUGACCAAUCCAGACGACGUUUUCUACAGUUUAAAUUUCGACCUAUUGUCUUAUCUGGCCGUAAAUCAGGUGCAAAACUUCUAACGCUGCUGUUGUUCAUUUAGGCUACCUUCUGAUUUCUUUAGUUAAUUUGUUUUCCUAUUUAAUAUUGAUCAUCUUAAAUUGUAAUUAGACUAAGAAACCUCCCUUUGGAGAGUCAGGUGAAAUAAAAAUAUACUGUAACUUAUCACUCACUCACACAUUCACACAUUCACUCACUCACACACUCAGUCACUCAUUUACUCAUACACUCACUCCCUCCGCAUCGCAUCCAUCGAGCUCCGCUCCUUACUUCCCUCCUUCUUAGCUUGCUCGCUUGCUCCCUCCCUUCCUUCCUUCAUUCAGCCCGCCAUUGACUCGUUCAUUUUAUCUAUAUGGAUUCAUUUAUUUUUAUGUCCUUUCAACUUAACAGACGAAGAACAAGUUGUCAAUGGUCACAAGAUUAAAGUUGUCAAUGCAGGCGAGCCUCAAAACGUUUUUAGUAAGGUGGAUUCUAACAAUGUCGCCCUCACGGUUCAUGGGCCUGGGUCGGCAUCCGUGACGUCAAACGUUAAAGGGGGAGGCACCCAAACUGUCAUUUUCGAUCCCAGGCCAUACGAUCCAUGUCCUGGGGUUAAAUGCCCGAACGAAAACGGAGGCAAGGGAGCUAAGAAAUGAAUCCCUAUGUAGUUGACGUAAGUUAGCCCUGUUUUUCCAUUUUACUCUGGAACUGAAAAAUGAGAUAGAAAAGACAAACGUUGAUGAUGAUGAUGAUGAUUAUAAAUAAAUAAACUACUGACAUUAUCACUAUACUCUAAUAUUAAAUGAAACAACUUAACAAAGUCUGUAUUAUAAAAGUAUGCAUUUAAAGUAUAUUUAGUGGAAACAUAGACCUCGGGAUAGACUUGUAAGAGGUCACUUGCUCUUUUCUCGUCUCGAGGGGGUGAAAAUCACGUACGUAAUCUGAAGGUCUGGCGAGAGGAAACAGCUGCGUAAAAUUAGUUUAAACAUUUUUAGGGCAUGUUAAUAGAGCGUUUUCAGCAGCUGUGCAAAUUUAUUGGAACAAAAGAAACUUUUCGCAAAGUAGAAAAAAGGUUAAACUCACACAAGGCUGGCUUAGAACACCAACAUGGCCGAAAGACCUUAGAUAGCAAUGACCUACCUAAGCCAGGUAGUGGCGUCCAGCGGUUUUAGUGAAAAGAGGGGCUUGGAUGGAGUGCUCAGUCUAGUGGGCUCAUAAAACCUGCUCUCGGUCAUUCGUAUUGAAGGAAGAUUUUCAACAUGGUCACCGUUUUAUUGUUUUGGGGUACCAAUAUGGCGGACGUGACGUCAUGGGAAAUCGCUUUUUACCUGAGCGAUUUCUCGCGCGCUGAUUGGUCGAGAACUGUGGUCAAUAAGAGUGUUGGCCGUGGAAAUGACGUGAUGGUGGCGCCAUUCGUUUUUCUCCUUCAACGGAGAUAGACGUGAAAAACUGCCAAUGUUACUGUAAAUAACAAAUCGACAAUAAUUUUCUAUGGUCUGUACUCUUAUCUACCGUAGAAUUGACGUCAAAAUGUUCAAAAUUUUGCAUUUAAACCGCUCGCCUACGGCUCAUAGUUCCACUUGAGUUUUGAACAUUUUGACAUCAUUUCUUUGGUCGAUACGAGUACAGACCAUGGAAUAUUGUUUUCCAUUUGUUAUCUAAGCCUACGGAUCGAACGCUAAUGAAAUGCACGAUCGUUGUGAUAGUCAGCACGAAGUGUCCUUAUGAACCGUCAAAAGUUUACCAAAAUACUUAUAAUUUGGUCACGAUCAAUAAUGAAGUAAUAUGAUAAUGACAAACAACCUAGUCAAAUAUGAAGAACUUUCAAGUAAAACAAAACCUGCGCCUCAGACCUGUAGUACUACCCAGAAUGUUUAAAAUCUUCUGACCAAAUUAAAAUCAAUCCCACCUUUCUCAUUCACAAUUAAAAAUUCAGAAAACAUGUUAUCUGACUUAUUGAGGUUAGUGAAGCUGUUUUAACAUCGACGCUAAAGAAUCCUGUAAUAAACUAGCCAUCAUUUUUGGAUUGAGUCUAAUAAGCUCAAUCACGUUUCUGAUAGGGCGGAAAUUUCUGCACCUCUGUCCGCAUAAGAUUUCCGAUCUUUCUUAUCGUUUCUGUUUUUCUCAACAGAUUCUAGACCACUUCAGCGAGAAAUCGUGUGAGGACGACAUUCAGAUGUAAAUAAACAGGAUUCACACUGAUCACCUGUUCGUAUAUAUUAUGAUUUACGAAAGAAAUAGGAAAGCCAUGGUCGUGGCUGAAAUUUUCUUUGUGCAUGUUAAGGCAUUACAUUUUGUAGGAUACUUAGGAAUACCGACGGCUAUUAGCCUUUUCAAUAAUUUAUCCGGUUUCUAUCCACAAAUGGGUCGCAAAAAUGUAAAAACUGAGGAGUAAAUCUGGGGCAAAGAAGGUUACCAUUAAAGACGGCGCUGUAAAUAAGGAGGCAAAUGUGACAUUUACCAUCUUUGCCCCAGAUUCACUCCUCCGUUUUUAGAUGUUUGCAUCAUAUUUGCGAAUAGCAGAUUUGUGCAAAUCCGUUUUUCGUCUAGUGGGUGCCGCAAAGCUACCACACCCGAAAUUACAUUUAAGGAAGAUCCCAGUAAAAAUAUAUUUAAUUAUGUAAUGCUAUUUUGUGAAAUGUAUGAGCUAGAUGUGCACUAAAGACGAAAGUACUACGAAGCAGCUUUCAUUCUAUUGGUCAUAACGUAGGAUUUCAUGCAAAGCUAAGACCCAAAGAGUAGGAAUUACACGGUUUAAUUUAUUGUAGUUAGGAAAGUGCCUAUAGUGGCUUUCCCUUGAACGACCAAAAUGUAGGUAGGUCGGCCAAAAAAACACAUGCAUUACAUACUCGACCCGAGAUGAACUUUGUUCACAACCGUUUUUAAGCCACACUAUCAACAUAAAAAUUAUACAGACUCUGAUUUACAUGUCCUUUUCAAGGAAUUGGUUGAGAGAAUUUGAUAAAAAGGUCAAAUCAAUUUUUUUCCUUUGGUGAGUCACAGUAUGAUCUUUAUGAUGCAUGGAAGUUGUUAGAGGCAAGACCAUAAACGUUGGCCACUCUUAUCAGACUUUUGCGUCAACCGAUGGGUGUGAAGAAAAACAGAGCUCAGAAAUCAUCUCCAUCUGGACCGGGUCAGGUUGAAAGCAGAGUUAAACUGACCCGGGGCCAGUGCCAAACUCUAAUUCAGGUAUGAACGCAUUUAAGAGCAAAUACAUCUUAAUUCUUUUUGUCUUCAAUUUUAUGAUUGGACGCUCUAAAGAGAAGA